UCUAAUGAAAUUAUAACACAACAAUGAAAUCUAAUUUUUUUUAUGUUUUGUUUUAAGAGUUACUUUAUAAAUAUCAAUAAUUUACGAUAUAUAUAUUUGAUAACGGUACCUACGUGCAAUGUGCUUGUAAUAUUUUACAGAUUAUAAUGGCUAAGUCACUAUUCAUAAUCUUUGUGAGCUUCAUUUUUUCAACGAGCAUUUCAUUCGGUGAAGAUGCGUGCAGUAACUACGAAGAUAAGGAUUGCGUUCAUCCAAAUAUACUUAAAAAUGGUCACUUCAUUAACCAAUGGUCAGUUCAUUUGCCUGGAAUGACCAAGAACGAAGCUAGAAAACUGUUAGAAGAUAAUGGCUUUGACUAUUUAGGAAAGAUAAUGGACGGGGUCGACUUGCAUCUUGUGACAAAAAAAGGUACACAAGAAAAACACGCCUUACCCAAUGAAAGAAUAAUAGAAUUACUUAAGAAACACGAUAAAGUGCAUUCGGUCGCACAAAAGCACGUGCUUGAAAACUCGAAGGAUGAGGUGAUAAAUAUAAUCAACGAGGAUAAUGUUCGUUUCGAGUCCUUGGAUCCCAACACAAUCGUCCUGAAUGACGGAUGGAAUAACUUGAAAAGAAUAGCUGAUUUCGAGGCUGCCGAAGCUGCGAUCGCUGCAGCAGCAUCUGAUAAUACUGAACCAGCUGACACUAACAAAAAGAUUAAAGCCGAUGGCGGCGAGUCUAGUUCAGAUAAUGAAUCUCCGCCCGAGGCGUCGGAUCAUGAGGGUUCACUGGAAUUAGAUUUAUCAAAUGAAGAACCAUUGGUAGUGGAUCUGUCAAACGAAGGAUCAGACGAGGAGAUGUCGGAUGAGGAGUUGUCGGGCGAGGAUACCGUGGAUGAGGUGUUGUCGGGUGAAACAGGACUCGAUGAAUAAGAUUCUCCAAGAUCUGCAAUAAUCUUGAGGCAUAAAUGCGUAAUCGCGUAUAGCUAUAAUAAUUUAUUAAGUGUUUAUACUUUUAGCUACUGACCAAAUCUAACGAAAAAAAUAUGUUAUUUAUAAUCUGAUUUCUUCAAAAUUCUAAUUAUACAUAUGAUUUUUAAUAAAUAUAAAUUUAAAAUUAUUUAAUAUAUUAUAUAGUACUAGGUACAUUGUAGUAGAUCAAAAGUAAUAUUACAACUGGUAGAAGCAAUUAUAUUAUUUAAUUUGUAUAUAUUAUUUAGUACAUAAAAAUACGUUCAAUUCGUAAAAAUUAUAAGAAAACUAAAGUGGGACAAUUUUAGAGUGGUCUGUCCUUCUUACACUCCGCCUUCGGCGCACAACAUACAAAAUCUAGCUAAUUUCUCGAAUCCUUUCUUUCGGCUCCCUAGUGGUCUAAACCAUGUCCAUAAACGUUUUGACCGCAUCCAAGUUUGACUACUUCAUUGUCAUCAGUUUGAUUAGCGUGCAGGUUACAUAUUCCUUCGAUCUCCACCUCUAAUGCUUUUCAUUCUCU